AUGCUCUAUGGAUACAAUUUAGUGUGGUCACUCUCCAGCGUGUAUAUAAAGGACUUCUACAACCAAACGGCGUUGAGGCGCAAUGGAACCGGACUCAGCGGGGAGACACUGACACUGAUGUAUUCACUCACCGUGUCGGUAUUUGCUAUCGGCGGUCUGCUGGGUUCAUUGAUUGUGGGUGUGCUAGUCACUCGCUUCGGCAGGAAAGGGACAGUGGUCAAGAGCACAGUUCUGGUGUUUAUUGCCAGUUCCUUUAUGGGCUUCAGCAGGAGCUGCGGUUCCCCCGAGAUGGUCAUACUGGGUCGUUUCAUAACAGGGAUCCACUCAGGCAUCUCUUUGAGUGUGGUUCCAAUGUACCUGGGUGAGAUUGCGCCCAAAAACCUCCGGGGCUUUCUGGGUCUGGUGCCAAGUAUCUUUAUCGGCACAGGAGUCUUUGCAGCCCAAAUCCUUGGACUCCACGAACUGUUGGGAAAGGAAGAGCACUGGCCUCUCUUUCUCUCUGUGGUGGCGGGACCCACAUUUGUCCAGUUGUUGCUGUUGCCGUGGUUCCCAGAGAGCCCCAGGUACUUGCUGAUUGACAAGCACAAUGUCCACGCUACCAUCACAGCUCUGAAGCGGUACCGAGCCAAUUGUAACAUCCAGGCCGAGAUUGAGGAGAUGCAGGAAGAGCAGCGCUCCUUGUCGUCAGUGGAGACACUGUCGGUGUGGAAUCUGCUCCUGGACGAGACGGUCCGCUGGCAGGUCCUCAGCGUGGUGGUCGUCAACGUCGGCAUGCAGCUCUCUGGCAUCGACGCUAUCUGGUUCUACACCAAUGACAUCUUUGAGAACGCAGGGAUUCCCACGCCAGAGAUCCCUUACACGACAGCAGGCACAGGCGUGAUAGAGAUCAUCGCUGGACUCGUUGGGUGUUUCACCAUCGAGAAGCUGGGAAGAAGGCCUCUUAUGGUUGGAGGUUUCACCAUGAUGGGAAUCUGCAGUGCCGGGAUCACGUUGACCCUCAUUUUACAGACUCGUUUAUCCUUCAUGCGUUACGUGAGCGUCUGCUGCGUCGUCGGCAUCAUCGCCGGAUUCUGCAUCGGCCCAGGCGACGGGGUCCCUUUUUUGCUCACAGCAGAGCUGUUCAAACAGUCCCACCGCCCAGCGGCCUACAUUGUCGGAGGAUCUCUCAACUGGCUUUCCAAUUUCACUGUGGGCUUUGUCUUUCCCUUCUUACAGAUGUCGGCCGGGUCUUACUGCUACUUGGUCUUCGCCAGCAUUUGUCUGUCGGUGGCCGUCUACGUCUACGCAGUCAUACCCGAAACCAAAAACAAGACCUUUAUGGAGAUAAGCCGCUUGUUCUCCAAGAAGCAGCCCGUUCUUGAGACCCAGUGCCUUCUCCUGGUGGAUCAGCUGAAGCUGAAGAAGAUGAACGGCUACGGAGGCCUAGAACAUCACUCGCUGGACUUUGAGAGCUCCUCCUCUGUACCUUAAUGAAGGUUUACGUUUGAACUCUUGAGUGUGCUUCCAAAUGUUUGUUGAGGACACACGUGCGCUGCUUCUGUAACAUUAGCCAAAUGCAGAAAGCAAUUCAUGAAAUACUGUACAUGGUACAAUGCAACUCAACGAGUGUAGCAGUUCCGUCAAAUACAGCCUGCCCUGAACCAACCACAUUUUUG